AUGGAGUGGGGCAAUUAUUCCACGCGUGGCGACUUUGUCCUCUUGGGUUUGUUCAGCAACACCCGUUUCCCCUGGCUUCUCUUUGCCCUCAUUCUCCUGGUCUUUGUGACCUCCAUAGCCAGCAACAUGGUCAUGAUCGUUCUUAUCCACACGGACUCCCGCCUCCACACCCCCAUGUACUUCCUGCUCAGCCAGCUCUCCCUCAUGGACAUCCUGUACAUUUCCACCAUUGUGCCCAAAAUGCUGGUUGACCAGGUGAUGAGCCAGCGAGCCAUUUCCUUUGCGGGAUGCACUGCUCAACACUUCCUCUACUUGACCUUAGCAGGGGCUGAGUUCUUCCUCCUAGGAUUCAUGUCCUAUGAUCGCUACGUAGCCAUCUGCAACCCUCUGCGCUAUCCUGUCCUCAUGAGCCGCAAGAUCUGCUGGCUGAUUGUGGUGGCAGCCUGGCUGGGAGGGUCUAUUGAUGGCUUCUUGCUCACCCCAGUCACCAUGCAGUUCCCUUUCUGUGCUUCUCGGGAAAUCAACCAUUUCUUCUGCGAGGUCCCUGCCCUUCUGAAGCUCUCUUGCACGGAUACAUCAGCCUACGAGACAGCCAUGUAUGUCUGCUGCAUCAUGAUGCUCCUCAUCCCUUUCUCUGUCAUCUCAGCCUCUUACACAAAAAUUCUCAUUACUGUUUAUAGGAUGAGUGAGGCAGAGGGGAGGCGAAAGGCUGUGGCCACCUGCUCCUCACACAUGGUAGUUGUCAGCCUCUUCUAUGGAGCUGCCAUGUACACAUACGUGCUGCCUCACUCUUACCACACCCCUGAGCAGGACAAAGCUGUAUCUGCCUUCUACACUAUUGUCACUCCAAUGCUCAACCCACUCAUUUACAGUUUCAGGAACAAGGAUGUCACAGAUGUCCUACAGAAGGUUGUGGGCAGAUGUGUGUCCUCAGGAAAAGUGACCACUUUCUAAAGAAAUUGCAUAUGCUGCUAGAGGUUUGAAGUGAGAGAUACAAAACUUUACCAUUGCCUUUGAAUUUAAAUAUUCUCUGUCUGGAAACAAGUCACCCCAGCAACUGUGGGGCAUUUAUGGGAUUUGGAAAGCUGACUGAGAUUUUGAAGAUUUCAUCAUUUUUGAAAGGUAUGACAGUUCUGAACAAUGGACAGUUUGGAAUGGGAUGGGGAGUUGUGGGUUUAGUAGUCACCCAUCAGCUUGUGACCAAGUGUGCAUUCCACUAAAAAUCAUGGAGUAGUCUUUUUCUGGCUAUGUUCAGUCAUGAAAGAAGAAAUGGUCAUCUUCAGCUACUUCCAUGACUUCUGACUUUUCCCCUUUAGACACUCUGUCCGUUGACCAUUAUAGCCAAUCAACUCAUCAAAUAUCAUUUCGAUUAUAUUUCAAAUAUAGUGGUCGCCAUCUUAUCCUCACAGGCUGUGUUCUAAGACUCCCUGUGGAAACCUGAAACCAUAGUUUAGAACCUGAUUGCUGUCAGUCACAACAUGUAUUUGCUCAUCUUCUACCAUAAAUGUAAUGCCUUUUACUUUUUACCUAAGCACUUACCACACACUGUGGCUCUAAGUUUUGCAGUUUAAGGUGUGACCGCAAAAUCACCACAAAUGUUUUCUUCUCCUUCUACACAAUUUCAAAGACAGAAGAUUCAUUCUUACUGUAGAUCUUAGCAACCUCAGCAUAUCACUUUUUUUCUUGCCAGAAUCUUCAGUUAAGAACUUAUUGGAAUGUGCCUCUGAUAUGUUUGGCUGUGUCUGCCCCGACAUAUCAUCUUGAAUUGUAGCUCCCAUAAUCCUCAUGUGUAGUGGGAGAGGCCUGGUGGGAGGUAAUUGAAUCAUGGGCGUGCUUUUUUCCCAUGCUGUUCUCGUGAUAGUGAAUAAGUCUCACGAGAUCUGACGGUUUUGUGAAGGGCAGUUCCCCUAUACAUGCCUCUUUCCUCCUGCCAUGUAAGAUGUGCGUUUGCCCUCCACCAUGGUUGUGAGGCCUCCCCAGCCAUGUUGAACUGUGAACCCAUUUAACCUCUUUUUCUUUAUAAAUUACCCAGUCUUAAGCAUUUCAUUAUAGCAGUAUGAAAAUGGGCUAAUACAGUCUCUGUUUUUCAGAGACAGGAGCAGAGGGCUAAAAUCUUUAGAAAUAUAGAUUGAACAUUUAAAAAUUUAAUUUAGGUCUUAUUAGAAUAACUAGCAGGGUUUUGCCAAAUACAGAUUCACCCUAAAUGUCAAAUGGCACUUUGGAAUGGAGUAACAGAAUGGGCAGACAGAAAUAUUUGAAAUUAAACAAACACUGAGAAUCUAAGCUCCAAACUGUGGAAAUUACUGUUAGCUUGUAGCAACCAUGUCUAUACUACUGAUAUAAAAGGAUUACUUCUAGAAAAGAGUUAAAGGGCAGGAAGGAAGAGAAGAGAAAAAAGAAAAAGGUGAAUAAGAAACAUGAAAAGGAAGAUUGAGACACCAGAAAAUAUCUCUUAUAUAAAUAAUUUAGACUCUUUUCAUCUUACAAGAACACUAAAUCCAACAUUAGACAAAAUAUUGUGACAUAUGAAUUAGAAAAUAAUACCAAUCAGUACAUUGUUCACAGGCCUGUUAUUUUCCUCAGGAAAACUGUUGAUAAUAAUACUAGAAGCCCAAUCUCAUUGAUAUAGCAGCACUUCUGAAAUAUUUUCAUGACGUAGCCAUCAAAAUAAAUGAUAGUUAUCCAGCACAUUGAGGAAAACUGUGUGGCUGUUAACAGCAAAAUCAACUCCCUUGUGGCUGUAGCCAAAUCAGGCAUUAAGAGACCAGUCCCGGGCUGAAAGGAUCAAUAUUGACUGUAACCCAUUUAUGGCUCUGUAGGAUGUCACGGCACUCUGGAGGGAUGAGUCUAUUCAAUCAAUCCAAUAGCUAUUUAGAGAACUUUUUAAUUUAUGGGUGACAAAUAAAAUAUUCUUUACGAAGAAUUAGUUAUUGAAUAACAUUCUAAAGGCUGAAAAGGUGUAGGGUUUUCUGUCUGUCUGUUUACCUGUAACAUAUGGGCAUAAGGUAUAAGACGUGUCUAAUGAAUUUGUGAAGACUAGAAAUCAUAUAAGUAAUGUUCCCAUUAACUGACUUAAUGCAUGCAAAGCACUCAAUGAUGAUUUGUUAUUAUCAUUACUAUUGAUGAUUAUUAUUACCAGAGUUGUUCUGCUUCCCAAACAAGACCACCUCCUUCUUUCUUUUUUCCAUUAGAGAAAUAAAAUAAACGUGUU